AUGUCAAAGUUGGUUGAGUCGAUCGCCACGAGAGGAUGGCUCACACAGCCUUGCUCACUGGAUAUGCUCAAACUCUUGGAUCAAGAACACCAAAUGACCUCAGGCUUCCAAGAGCAAUUAAUACUCAAGGCCAUCGAGCUUGGCAUCACCCCGGUCGUCCACUACUUUGUAGAUCCGUGGGCAGCCAACCCAAACAGAAAGGUAGACAUGGGCUCGAAAACGAUCUUAACCUGCUGUUGCAAACAUGGACGAUUAGAGUACUUUGACAUGAUACUACCACAUGUCCUAAAUGGCUUGUUCGCAAACAGAAGUGAUUAUGAAUAUGAUGAUUGGAGCAGUGACAAGGGUAUCAAACUCACAGGUCUAAGUGGAUUGUUUUCAAUUGCCAUCAUUCAUGGACAUCUGCACAUUGCCAAGAGGUUACAUCAACUCAUGCGCAAGUACGAAGGGUUCAAUACAUUGGAGCACAUAAUAUCAUCAAUCGACAUGGCACUGAUCUAUGGCCAUCUAGACAUGGUCAACUUCAUCCUUGGAAUCAAACCAUCUCGACAGCUUGAUGAAACAACACUAUGUCUGAUUGAUGAUGUACACCCCAACAUUCUAUCAGUGGACUUGUUGAAGCGAUUGAUGGCACAUCCCAACCUCAAGUGUAGAUUUGCUAAAGUGUUGGGCGAGGCCAUCAUGAUUGGUGACAAACAGAUCAAGUGUGAUGUAAUCAAAUGGUGGCAACAGACACAUCAUGGAAUGAUUGAAACAGACUAUCGCUAUGCACUGUCUUGUGCAUUGGAGGUGUGUGACGUGUACAUGAUCCAAUGGACAAAGAUCAAACUAUCAAAGACAUUCCUGGACGAUAGUGAUUAUGUGGUGUUGUUGAAGCAUGUUGGAGUCAAGAUCUCGGAGCAGGAGUUCUUAAUGUUGGCCAGGGACGAGCGUAGGGGCAUCUCUGACAAUAAUUAUUUUGAUUGUUUGAUGAAGGCUGCUUCCAUGUCACUCUCAGUGAUCACAUUGAUCAUAGACCACUUUAACACACCACACACCACAAAUCACCCAAGUUGUUUUAGUGGUUGGUUUCGACAUCCAGUUCGAAGAUUGUCAAUCAAAGAUACCAAGGACAUCAUUGAAGUGAUCAUCAAGCGAGGUGACACUGACUCAUUGGACUAUUUGAUCAAACUGCCAUUGUGUAGGACACCCUUGAUGAACAUAUUCAACCUCAAUGACUUGGUCAACAUUGAGCACGGCAUUAAGAUACUCAAGUAUCUGAUUGACUCGGGAUAUAUCAACACUGACAAACUUCCACAAUUGAUCGACCAUGCUUGUAUCAAUGGAGACUUGGAGAUCAUGCACAAGCAUGCUCCAAGAACCAUCACAAAGUGA